GGCAGCUCCCGCCCCCGGUGCCCGGUGCCACGGCCCGGCAUGGCCCCGCUGCUCGCCGCCGCCUGCUUGGCCUUCACCCUCGCCAUGUUCGGGACCGGCCUGUCUGACAUGCGCCAGAUGUUGGCAACCAAGAGUGUGGAGAACAUCCAGUUCCUGCCCUUCCUCACCACUGAUGUCAACAACCUGAGCUGGUUGGGCUACGGCUGCCUGAAGCAGGACUGGACACUGAUCGUGGUCAACACCCUCGGGGCAGCGCUGCAGACCCUCUACAUCCUGGCAUACCUCUACUACAGCCCUGCCAAGCUCCCUGUGCUGCUUCGGAGCCUGCUGCUGCUGGCCGUGCUGGCCGCUGGCUAUGGCUACUUCACUCUCCUGGUUGCCGACCCCCGGACACGCCUGGCACGCCUGGGGCUCUUCUGCAGCGCCUUCACCAUCAGCAUGUACCUCUCCCCUCUGGCUGACCUGGCCAAGAUUGUCCAGAGCAGGUCGACACGCUGCUUGUCCUUCCCCCUGACCGUCACCACCUUCCUGGCCUCCACCAGCUGGACGCUCUACGGCCUGCAGCUCCACGACCCCUACAUCACGAUCCCCAACGUGCCUGGCAUCGUCACCAGCGUCGUGCGGUUCUGGCUCUUCUGGCGGUACCCUCCCGGCCAGGAGAAGCCCUACAGGCCCCUGCAUGCCUGAGGGGGUCCUGCUGGCCCCCACCCCCAAAGGAGGAGCCCACCCAUGCUCACGGACCAAUGAAGGAUUCCCCAACCCUUGCCAGUCUCUGCCAGCAGGGACUGGCACCAGUUGCUGAGCCCCAAGCUGCCGCUGUGGUGCUGCUGUGCCAAGGGUUGCCAGCUCCCUAUGGUUCCAGGGCCCGAGGAGGGCACCUCAUGGUUUGCCCUCAGCGGCAGCUCUCCAGCCUUUGGUCCCUCAGCGAGGGUUGGGUUGGUCUCAGCAAUGCCUUUGGGGUGCCAGGACCCCUUCCUGGGCACCCUUGCCCGUCCCUGGGGACCCUGUGCAGUCUUCCAUGCCUACAGCUCUGCCCUAGCGCAGGGCUGGGGCUGCUGGGCAGCUCUGCCUCUCUUUUGUACCACUUCAAGUGCCUUUGAAUAAAUCAGAGC